AUUCCCAGUGCAGCUCUCUCUCGGGGUCCGGUUGGCCUUAUAUUGGUGCCUGCUGAAAGUGGCACAAAGGCCUUUACCGGCUCACUUGUCCGAUAAACAGCAAAAGGAUAGGAUCAAUCUCGCUUUGUAGUUAGACUUAUUAAACAGGCACGCGAAGCAGGAAGUUAACGUUAGGCAUUUGGCUGGUAACUAUCAUCUGUGACAUUAGCUAGCUGUCAUGACUUCCACGGGGACGCUGAUGGACACGCAACGGCCAAGACACCGACCUUUCCUGAUCGGUGUCAGCGGAGGAACGGCCAGUGGCAAGUCCACUGUAUGUGCUAAGAUCAUGGAGCUGCUGGGUCAGAACGAGGUGGACCAGCGUCAGAGGAAGGUGGCUAUCGUCAGCCAGGACAGCUUCUACCGUGUGCUCACCCCGGAACAGAAGGCCAAAGCGCUGAAGGGACAGUACAACUUUGACCACCCAGACGCAUUUGACAACGAGCUGAUGUAUCAGACUCUGAAGGACAUAGUGGAGGGAAAAGUGGUGGAGGUUCCCACGUAUGACUUCGUCACUCAUUCCAGAUUACCGGAGAGGAUAAAAGUUUACCAAGCAGACGUGGUUCUGUUUGAGGGGAUCCUUGUCUUCUACCAUCCGCACAUCAGAGACAUGUUCCACAUGAAGCUGUUUGUAGACACAGACUCUGACGUCAGGCUGUCUCGCCGAGUUCUCAGGGAUAUGAAGAGAGGUCGUGACCUGGAGCAGAUUCUGUCUCAGUACACUACCUUUGUCAAACCUGCCUUUGAGGAGUUUUGCCUUCCAACUAAGAAGUAUGCUGAUGUCAUCAUUCCGCGUGGAGUGGACAACAUGGUGGCCAUUAAUCUCAUUGUCCAGCACAUUCAGGACAUCCUGACCGGCGACCUCUGCAAGUGGCAGAGGGGUGGGGUCAACGGCCACAGUCACGGACGGGGCUUCAAACGGGGCAUCCCGGAGGACGACGUGCCCAACGGAGCCAGCACCGCACUCCCGCACACGCCCAGCAAACGCCCCUUACUGGAGCCAAGCACGCGGCCACACUGAGGAGGAGCAUGCAAGCACGCACGUACACACACACACACACACACACACACACACACACACACAGACGCUGUCCACUGGUAGAGCCUAGGACAGGGUUAAAUUGGGGGGUAAAAACCUUCCCACAUGCACAUGCACAAACACACACUCAUACAUACAUACAUACCUGAAUGCCUGUUACUUGAGCUUAGUACAUAAACCUAGUAAUUUUCAGACAUCCACAUUUGUUCAUUUACCUCCCUGCAUCUACCAGUACCUGAAUCACUGAAUCUAUCAUCACAAAUUGGUUACUCUCAUCUGAAAAUCACUCUUCUUCCAAACUGUCUGUCAUGCUUUAAAAAAAAAAAAAAUACACACACAGUAAGGUGUGACAAAGCUUGUUAUAGGACAAGGCUGUCACUCCAGUGUGAGGAGGCGUUUUGUAAAUGUUGCUGAAAUGCCUUCAUGUGAAUGUUCAUGUGUGUCUGAGUGGAGCACUACCUGAACCUGCCAGGAGUGUCCGAUCUUUUACAUGGAAUCCUACUGAAUCUCCUCUGCUUUGGAGCCUCUCUCAUCUUGCCAUAGCAGUCGAAUGAAUAAGCCAGGAAGAACAUCGGGCCUGGUGCAAAGCACUGAUGUAUAGAACAUAGGAUGAGCUUGUGUGAAGGCUCUGGAUAGGGGAGCAGUACUGUUCGGCAGUAUUGUGUUUUUUUGUUUGUUUGUUUGUUUGUUUGUUUGUUUUUUAAAUCUGCUCUGAGGCUGCUUGAUAGGAUUUUAACAGGGUUUUUCUGAGCUGUCCGUUUUCUCAAAUGAGUUGUUUUAAUGUAUUUUGUUUUCCUUGUGAAAAUGUUUCGUCUUGUGUAUCAUAACUAUACAAGCUAAAGUAAAUUAAGAUAUUAAUUGUACAGUCUUCCAAUGGAAAAUCCAUGUGAUUGAUUGUCCAGUUUUUUUAAUUAAAACAUUUCCAUUCUUUAUAAUAUAUUAACACAAUUAAAGAUUGAGAGAAAAUAUA